UUUUUUUCCGUUUUUUUUUUUCCUUUUAACGUUACGCGAGUGAAGCCGUUUUCUCCGGUUAAAAUGCGCGGACAGCGCCGGGGGGACCGCGGGCUGAACGCCGCGUCGCUGCUGUGCUGGCUCGGACUUCUCGCCCCUUCCCUAGUCUCCUCCAUCACCGUGACUACUCCAGCCGAGCUCCAUGCCUCCAGAUGGGAUACCGUCACAUUGUCCUGCACUUUCAGUUCCAGCAGUAGGCCGACCAGUAAGAUGACUGUUGACUGGUCUUACAGGCCCCAGAGUGGAGGGCCGCCACAGACAUUUUUCCACUUCUCCUCACGGGCGUUCCCUCCGCUUGAUGGUCAAUUUGCUGGUCGUAUCCGGUGGCAGGGAACCCCAGCGCGCGGCGACGCCUCCAUCUCUCUGAUCAACGCCACGUUGAACGAUAAUGGGACCUACACAUGCUCAGUCAGAAACCCCCCUGAUGUCCACGGGUCCCCGACUUCACACACUGUACUCACUGUCACGCCAAAGGCACCAAGCGUUCGCUUCUCAGAUGUUGCGGUCCUCCUCGCUUUCGUCCUCCUCCCCUCUGCUGUCAUCACCCUCAUUCUGAUUGGACGGAUGCUCUGUCCCAAGAAACUGCGCAGCCAAUCGAAGUCCUACAGAUCGCCCAUAGAGGUCACAGAAGGAGAGGAGUAUGGCAUCCACCCACCAGGGGACAAAGUAAAGAGGACUUCAUGCUGUGACCUAUAUCUGAUGGAGUCAGAGGAUGAAGACGAGUAUCACAACCUAAAACAGAGACCUCCUUUGCACGAGGACUAUGCUGAGUCUCAGUGCUAGAGAACCCUGCUGGUUGGGAGACGUAACUGCAGCCUGUAGAGCUGCUGGUGCCUUACACAUGGGAGGCACUGAAUGGAAAUGAAUGCUGGAUUCUCACCUUCUUUGCCACAGUCAACCACUUCCACAGUCACUUUGGUGAUGUUUACUUUUUUGUGGUGACCCCUUUGGAAUAAUACUUGUAUUUUUGUCUUGGACCAACCUGAAUUAUGCAUCUUGAACAUUAUAUUUACACUAAAUGUGUCAAUAAGAUGAAUCACCUUUUUGCCUACAAGCUCCUAAAUUUCCCAAGACAAGUGAGCUGUGAAACAGCAGAGGUCUUACUUCCAGAGUUUUAGAGCUUGCAGUCUUGAUGAGAUAUGAUUUGUUUAUUCUGUCUAUAGAGGUAAGCAGCCGGUAUCAUUCUGUUACCAGCCGAUGAGCACUAUGUGUAUUUUUAUAUCUUGAUGAUUUAUAUGUGUUGCUUUCUUAUUGUGAAGGAGAUCCAUUCGUUUUGUCUAAUUUAUUGUGUGUGUCAGAGCGGCUGUAAAAUGUGUUACAUCCUUAAUACCUGGACAGAAAAUAAAUGGUUUGAUUUCAAGUGUCUUCUAUGACCACCAAGUACUAUUUAUACAGUAUGUUUUGUGUACAGUAGAGUUUCUAUAUUGUCAUUGUCUGUAGAUUACUACCAUCAUCAUCAUGAUUUCAACAACAACAUUGUUGUCUGUGUGUCUGUGUGUCUGUCACCUUACUCCAGUAUAUUUCGGGGAAGUGUGAGUUUGGAUGUGAUUAUUUCAUGUAAUAACGCAGGAUGGAGUUUUGGUUUUGGAUGUGCAGCGUUUCUUGAUUUAAUUUUUUUUGCAAAUUUUUUCCCCCAAAAAAAGUAAGAGUAGGUUAUUUAGACUUUUUUGGAGAGGGGCGUGACCUUGUAAAAAGAUGCUCCCAGAGAGUUAAUAAUAUUUUUUUCAUUAAACAGAUGCAUCUUUGUCAGCAAACAGAGGUAAUGUGUUGGAAAAGCUGAUCGCAUACAGUCACCAUUUUCUCCUCUGCUCUCUGCUCUUUGUUUGGUCUGUUGCACUAUUCAUGGAUGUUGUUGAAUAUUCCUUUAAAAACUCAGAGGACAGGCUGGAGCCUCAGAGUUUCACUCACAAAAUUGUUGCAGCAUCUGUUUCAUGUAUACGCAGUUGUGGGACUCGAGAUGCAUAAGAAGACCUAAUAAAAACCCACCAAUGA